AUGCCCGGCUCCGUGCACUCGCAAGAUCAGGACCAGUCCAUGAUUGACACGGCCGUUCCAGAGCAAGAACAGCAGCAGGAACUCGAACAGGAGGAAUUUGAGUUGGAGGAGAAGCGCAUAGUGGUGUUACCGGGUGCCACCGAAACGGCGGCUUCGUUCCAGUUCGAGGGUGAGGGUCAUACUCUAGGAAAUGCGUUACGGUACACUAUUAUGAAGAAUCCCGAAGUUGAAUUCUGCGGAUACACCAUCCCCCAUCCCUCAGAGGCAAAGAUGAACUUGCGUAUUCAGACCUACGAUACAACAAAUGCAGUCGAAGCUCUGGAGAAGGGUCUGGAAGCCCUGAUGGAUCUCUGUGACGUUGUCACGGACAAGUUCACCUCGGCUCGGGACGCAUAUAACGCAUCCCAGGCUGACAAGAUGUCCUCUUAA